CCUCCUUCUCCUCCUCCUCCUCUUCCUCCUCUUCCUGCUCCUCUUCCUCCUCCUCCUCCUCCUGCGUAGCUACGUCGGCUCGAGGGGUUUUCUGGCUCAGACUCUGGCGGUUUGGCUUCCCCCCUCCCACACCUCCCCCCCAGUCUCCUGUGGCCGAGCUCCUCCUGCAAUCCCUCCCUCCGCUGGGCAUGCCCCCUGCCCUGGCGGCCCGGCUGCCAUGCCCGUGGCCGCGCGGGCCCUGCAGCUCCACCUGGCCCUGCUCGCGUGCCGCUGGCGCCCGUGCUCCGCCCCGCCGCUUCCGGCAGAGGGAGCUGCACCACACAGGUGGCCAUACACUUCGGCGAGGGUCACAGGUUCGAAGACACUUGUUAUCAUUGGGCCGCAUCUUCCGAAGAAGGGCGUGCAGGUGAUUCUGUCACAUUUUCCGUUUUUGGCAUGGGUAGCUUUGGACGAAGAUGGUUCGAUGCGCAGUCACAACGAUUGUCCCCACUUGCUUGCCAAUACUCUGACCGCCUCAGGCGGUAAUUGGUCUGAUCUGGGAAUUGGUCGCAAGAUUAGCUUCAAGACGUAUGCGAAGGGCAAUCUCCAGAGAGGUGCAGACAUCAGAGAUUCGAUGCUGGCCACGUUUGCAGAGGCCUCGCAGAUCUGCGCCAGUGACCAGGCUUGUGCUGGCUUCACGUAUCAGUCCAAGCAGAAGAAACCUAAACAGCGCGUAACGGUAUGGUUCAAAUCCGUUUUCAAUCACGAUGCCAGACAGGCGCAGGGCUGGCAUUCAUGGAAGUUUGAUUCGUACGGCGCCGACAAUGAGUGCCGGAAUGCUUGCUUGCACCAAUUUGGCGAUAGGCAGGAGUUGGACCCGUGGUGCGUUCUGGGGCUGGACGUGAGCGACAGCGAGCAGCUGACGAAGAGAAGGUACAAGGAUCUUGUGAAGAGGUACCACCCGGACAAACAUAAGGGCAGCGAGGACACCACUGCCAAGUUCAGAGAUAUCCAGGCCGCCUGGGAGAUAAUUAGGGAACCGAACAAAAGAAGGGUGGCCAUACAGCGAAAGAACAGCCGCAGGAUACAGAAGCACCCGUACGAGACGACCGACCGCGUGACACGGCUGACCAGGAGCACAGUCGUCUCCCUCGUCUUCGCGGGGGGGAGCCGUGACACGUGGCUUAUUCACAUGUUCAAUGGCUACGACGGUGUCCACUGGGGGACGAGCCACAAGAAGGGUGUCUCAUUCAUCCGCGCCGCGAGCGAGCUGAGCGGGUCCAUGCACUUCGGCGCCAUCGACUGCUAUGACUGGAGGCCCCUCGCGGGCCAGCUGGAGAUGACAAGCGUGUGCGGGAAGAUUAAUUCUGAUAUUCCCCAGAGAGGGGCGUCCGAUCUGUUCCUCAUAGUGCCGUUCGAGGGGAUCUCGGUGAAGUAUGAUGAGUCAUCCGGUUUGACGGGGGAGGCGCUGGUGAAGUUUGCUCGGUCCUUCAUCGUGGACCCUUACGACCUGCCUGUGGCAACGGACGCUCUUGAGGGACUACGUGCGGAUGGCAGAUCCCCUCAGCUAUGGCUGGUCACCACGUCCCAGAAGAAGAGUCACGUCUGCGAGAGCUGCCCUGUCGCGACGGCUAUUUUCAAGCGGUCGAGCAUAGUGAAUGGAUUUCCAAACGCUGGCAUCCUAGACUGUAGCAAGGACGCAAUCACCGGUAACUCGACACGGCCCCCUGCGUUGGCGUGCAGUUUCGGCAGACCCACCUUGUUGCUUGUCAGCGACCUGAAGGACGAGUCGUGCGCGUACUGUUAUCAUGAAGGGAAGCAACCAGGGUGCAUCUACAGCAGGCAGCAUGCUGCAUGCACCACUGUGGACGAGAAGUUCUACUGUCGGAACACAAUGGGUGAAGACCAUGUGCAGGCUUGCUUUCAGAGGCACACUGUCGAACCACUCAUGCCAGUGAAUUGGAGGUUCAGCCUGCGGGAGUUCGGGAUGGCGCUUCACUUGCUGGAGCGAACGGCGGUUGCGAUCGGAAAUUCGUCCAGCUCGUGUUCUGCAGAGUGACCGCUACGGCCGCGGCUCCAGGUGACCGUGGUGCGCCCCUGAAAAAUGCGAUGAUUUUUUGCGGCCUUAGGGCCACCCCGUCACCGUACUCUUGGGUUGUGGGCCAGAGGCCUCCUGGAUGCUUGUGGGUUCCCC